AUGGCCGUGAAGAGUCUUCCGGCUGAAUUCUACUCGGCUUUCCUCUCCGAUGCAGCCAAGGAGCGGAAGCCCAGCCCAAUCCGUGGCCUCUACCCGCUCGAAGCGCGCCCCGGCGUGAUCUCCCUCCUCGCGGGCAAGCCCAACGCGACGACCUUCCCGCUGACCUCCGUGAAGCUCACCUCGCGCUCGCCCGCGGACCCAUCUAAGGAGAUCGAGACGGAGGUGAGCGGGCAGGCGCUCGCGGAGGGUCUGCAGUACGGGCCGACCGCAGGCAUCCCGAGCCUCCUGGAGUGGGUGUAUGACCUUCAGCAGAGGGAGCAUGGGCGGAAGAAGGGCGAGGGGUGGAGGGUUAGCAUUGGGAGUGGGUCGCAGGAUGUAAUCUACAAGGCUGUAGCCACCAUGGUCAACCCCGGUGAUGCCGUUCUCAUAGAAUGUCCUGCUUACGCUGGUGUUCUGCCCAUGUUCCAAGCUCUACACUGUGACUUGAUCGAGGUCGAAACCGAUGCACAAGGGAUCAAGUCGAGUUCCCUGCGCUCGAUCCUCCAAAAUUGGUCCGAGAACAAGCCGAAGCCGAAAGUACUCUAUACCGUACCUUAUGGCUGCAACCCCACUGGAAUGACAGCCACGCUAGAUCGCCGGCGCGAAGUCCUCGCUCUCGCUCAAGAGCAUAACUUCAUCAUCCUUGAGGAUGAUCCUUAUUAUUUCCUCUACUACGGAAAUGCCGCGCGGUACCCGUCGUACUUCUCGUUGGAGCUAGAGGAGCCCGAGGUUGGACGGGUCCUGCGGUUCGACAGCCUGUCGAAGAUCCUCUCCUCCGGGAUCCGUAUCGGGUUUGCGAGUGGACCGGAGCCACUCCUUCAAGCCAUCGACAUGCACACUGCCGUCGCGAACCUGCAGACGUCCUCGCUUACGCAGGCGAUCGCGUUCUCGCUCCUGGACGCGUGGGGCUACGAUGGGUUCAAGACGCACACGGAGACCGUGUCGCGGUUCUACCGCGAGAAGCGCGACGUGUUCGAGGUCGCGAUGCGGCGGCACCUCUCCGGGCUCGCCGAGUGGAGCACCCCCGAGGCGGGGAUGUUCUUUUGGUUCAAGCUCCUGCUCGUAAAGGAUGGCGAGGAGGGCGACUCGGAGAGCAUCAUCCGCACGAAGGCGUAUGAGCGCGGCGUCCUCGCGCUGCCUGGCACCGUCUUCCUCCCGCGCGGCGGGAAGACCGCAUAUGUGCGCGCGAGCUUCAGUUUGCUGGGCGAGGAGGAGGUCGAGGAGGCGGUCAAGAGGCUGAGGGAGACGAUCUUGGAGGCCCGAGCACAGGCGGCGUAG